AGAGUGAUUUCCGGUUAGAGUGUGAGAUCACGAACGAUAGCAGGUAAUGCAAAAAUGAGCAAAUCGGCUAUCCUAUGCUAUUAAAAGAAACCAUGAGCAGAUAUAGUAAACAAUACUGGCCUAAAAAUCGGAGUGCUAUUGAUGAAGUAAAGGAAGUGGCUGCUAAAGUGAACGCAACAUUGAUUGCCAAAGGAAAACUAAAACCGUCUCAACUUUCAUCCCCAACAACAGUUGUCCCUAAAAAACCAGUCAUUCAUCAUGGUCUAGCUCAGCAUUCUCGGGGUGGUGGACCAGUUCUAGCUGAAGUAGAAAUAAAUGACUGUCCCGUUUAUUGUAGAAACACGCUAACAAGAGGAACGACCCAGGACGAUAUAUCACGAUUUAGUAAUUCAGCUAUAUCAACAAAAGGUAGACAUAUGAGCAGUGAAGAACGGCUCAAGAAUCCAGGCGAACGGCCUUUAUAUUUAUGUAUUCAAGGACCAACCGCCGACGCCGUUGAUGCUGCAAUUAUGAAAAUACAAGAAAUAAUCAAAAUAGAAUUGGAAAGUCAUGGACUAAACAACGCAGAUAUAAGCAAAUUUAUAUCACUUUCCUCUCCAAGAACUCAAUCUGUGCAAACUGCUCCAAUAGGAUCAACAAAUAGUCAACUUCAGCAAGUAGCCGUUAAUUGCCCUUCCACUUCAUCAGUGGCUCAACCAACCAUAAUGGUUCAAGAUAAAGUAAACAUAAACUUGGAGCAUGCCCCUCCCUCCUUUGACGUUAAGAAUAGAGUUUAUGGACCAUCGGGUCAAUAUUUACAACAUAUUCAAAACGAAUCUGGAGCAAGAGUUACUUUAAGAGGUAGAGGCUCAGGAGACUCUCUAAUAUUGGAUUCGACAGAGCCAAUGAAUAUACACCUUCAGCAUACAACACUGGCAGGACUUCAGCACGCCAAACAAUUAGCAGAUGAUCUUGUUCAAACGGUACAGAAGGAAUUUGCCGCUUUUCAGCAAGCUUUGGCCGCUCAGCCGCCGAAUGCAAGCAUUGCUCCCACUGCUCUUGUUCAGACAGUUGACUUCUACCAAUCGCCUGUGCAGAGUGUAGCCGUCCCCCCACCUCCAAUGUCCUUGCCUAACACUGCCGUGCCUCCUCCAACCGUCUCUCAGUUUGUGCAACCAGUCCAGGAACUUAUUCAGCCAUCUGCUCAUGCAUCUUAUCAAGCAGUUCCAAUAGGCCAGCCUAUUCAACAGCAGAUAUCGCAUACUUUAAGUCAGGAAUACUAUGUCCAAUAUUCUCAGCCAAUUCAAACGGAUUUACAUUAUGCCACAAAGAGACAUUACCCGUUUGAGGAUCGAAAGGGAGAAGUGGAAAUAGAACCAGUCCCACCACCAGUUUCUUCCACAAUCACAGACUAUUAUGUCCAACGACCUUUGCAGGUAGUCGGAGAUCAAAUACAAAAGAACGAAGUAGACAAGCAGCUCAUGCCACCACCGGCCAAUCCGCCAGCGUUCAAAUUGCCAAAAAGCAAUAGGAAUAUGAGUCAAGCUACUAUAUAUGUGACAGAAGGAGAAGAAAGUUUAGCAGAUGUUGGGAACAAACAGACUAUAGCUUACAAUCAGUUUUCAAGUAAAACUCAAACAUACGUUCCUCAAGUACCUCAGAAUGCAGCCGCUCCGGUGGAAUAUACCGCUCAACCGAUUUACGGUCAGCAAAUCUCGUAUACAAGUCUACCGGCUUCUCCAGUAUAUAACGUCCACACACAGCCAUCCCUUGCUCAAACUUCUACGCAACAAGCCUAUUAUGGACAGAAUUCCAAUCAGACGCCGCAGGCCGUCACCAAUCCCGGUGCUUAUUGGGCUUGA